CACACACACACUUUGAAAACGUAAAUAUGAAGGCCCAUCUACUGAAACAUGGAUAUUUACUAAAACAUCCCGAUAAAGUCAGUUGUUUUUGUCAAAGUUAUUUAAAGAAUAUAGUGGCCUAAACUGCAAACAGGAGCGCUUGUCAGGUGUCGUUAUCUGAACUCUGCAGGCUUCCUGUCUCAAACCUCUUUCCGCACACAUUUCCGCUCCCUCCACACGAAAAAAAAGCAAGAGAGCCUUUGCAAAACAGUAUCAAGUCACUGGAUGUGUCGAGGCAGUGCAUUGUUUUAUAUGUGAAUAAAUGAACUCUGAAUAUAACCAAGGCGACCGUGCUCAUACUCCAUGCGUAUCCUUUAUUAUUGUCAGCUACAGUACAUGCUUUAUGUUUCUACUGUCUAAAAGCCAUGUAAAAAAAAAGCCAUAUCAAAAGUUGUGAAAACCAGAUGUUUUUGCAUGUUGAAGGAGCAGCUGCUGCAGGCCUUUGCAAAAUCAGCUCAACACAACCUCUACUUCUGCUUUCUUGGCCUCUACACCAUAUUGAGGACAGAGUUGGUCACAUGUUACAUGUGAAUUAGGGAGUUUCUUGACAGUUUCUUGAUAUAUGGCUCUGGUUUCAAAAGGCAGAUAUUUAUUAAUUUCAAUUGUGAUAAACAAUAGCAUAAUGAACGUUUUUUUAGAUGUACACUUUUUAUCCAUGAACUUUUUAAAUAAUAGACGAUUUAAUAUUUAGCGGAGUCAAUCUUCCUGUUUGGCAAUGAACAUUCCCCUUCGUAGACAAACUCUGCAAUUUGAGGCCUCUGUAGAAAGGCACCAUCAGCACAGAUCAAAGCUAAAAUAAAUUCACAACAUACAGUUGAAGUCGGAAGUUUACAUACACCUUAGCCAAAUACAUUUAAACUCAGUUUCACAAUUCCUAACAAUUAAUCCGAGUAAAACUUCCUUGUUUUAGGUCAGUUAGGAUCACCACUUUAUUUUCAGAAUAAUAGUAGAGAGAAUUAUUUAUUUGAGCUUUUAUUUCUUUCAUGACAUUCCCAGGGGGUCAGAAGUUUACAUGCUACCAAAUACGAAUUGAGUGUAUUGCCUUUAAAUUGUUUAACUUGGGUCAAACAUUUCAGGUAGCCUUCCACAUGCUUCCCACAAUAAGUUGGGUGAAUUUUGGCCCAUUCCUCCUGACAGAGCUGGUGUAACUCAGGUUUGUAGGCCUCCUUGCUCGCACAUGCUUUUUAAGUUCUGGAUUGAGGUCAGGGCUUUGUGAUGGCCACUCCAAUACCUUGAUUUUGUUGUCCUUAAUCCAUUUUGCCACAACUUUGGAAGUAUGCUUGGGGUCAUUGUCCAUUUGGAAGACCCAUUUGCGACCAAGCCUUAACUUAACUGAUGUCUUGAGAUGUUGCUUCAAUAUAUCCACAUCAUGUUCCUUCUGCAUGAUGUACACCAGUCCCUCCUGCAGCAAAGCACCCCCACAACAUGAUGCUGCCACCCCCGUGCUUCACGGUUGGGAUGGUCUUCUUCGGCUUGCAAAUCUCCCCCUUUUUCCUCCAAACAUAACGAUGGUCAUUAUGGCCAAACAGUUCUAAUUUUGUUUCAUCAGACCAGAGGACAUUUCUCCAAAAAGUAUGAUCUUUGUCCCCAUGUUCAGUUGCAAACCGUAGUCUGGCUUUUUUAUUGCGGUUUUGGAGCUGUGGCUUCUUCCUUGCUGAGCGGCCUUUCAGGUUAAGUCAAUAUAGGACUCGUUUUACUGUGGAUAUAGAUACUUUUGUACCUGUUUCCUCCAGCAUCUUCACAAGGUCCUUUGCUGUUGUUCUGGGAUUGAUUUGCACUUUUCACACCAAAGUGCAGUCAUCUCUAGGAGACAGAACGCGUCUCCUUCCUGAGCGGUAUGACGGCUGCGUGGUCCUAUGAUGUUUAUGUAAUGGAUGUGAAAUGGCUAGCUUAGUUAGCGGUGGUGCACGCUAAAUAGCGUUUCAAUCGGUGACCUCACUUGCUCUGAGACCUUGAAGUAGUAGUUCCCCUUGCUCUGCAAGGGCCGCGGCUUUUGUGGAGCGAUGGGUAACGAUGCUUCGUGGGUGACUGUUGUUGAUGUGUGCAGAGGGUCCCUGGUUUGCGCCCGGGUAUGGGCGAGGGGACGGUGUAAAGUUAUACUGUUACAUUGAUGCUGUUGAGCCGGAUCACUGGUAGCAGCGGAAAAGGAGGUCAAAAGGGGGGUAAGUGUAACGGAUGUGAAACGGCUAGCUUAGUUAGCGGUGGUGCGUGCUAAAUAGCAUUUCAAUCAGUGACGUAACUUGCUCUGAGACCUUGAAGUAGUAGUUCCCCUUGCUCUGCAAGGGCCGUGGCUUUUGUGGAGCGAUGGGUAAUGAUGCUUCGUGAGUGACUGUUGUUGAUGUGUGCAGAGGGUCCCUGGUUCGUGCCCGGGUAUGGGCGAGGGGACGGCCUAAAGUUAUACUGUUACAUUUAUACUUGUGUACUAUUGUUUGUACAGAUGAAUGUGGUACCUUCAGGCAUUUGGAAAUUGCACCCAAGGAUGAACGACUUGUGGAGAUCUACAAUUUAUUUUCUUAGGUCUUGGCUGAUUUCUUUUGAUUUUCCCAUGAUGUCAAGCAAAGAGGCACUGAGUUUGAAGGAAGCACUGUCCGUGGUGAGCGAGGACCAGUCCAUUUUCGAGUCGCCCUUCACUGCCGCCACGACCAUGCACAUGAAGGGCGAGAUGGCGUCACCGGGAAGCUUCAGCCAGGCCUCCGAAGAGAGCCAAGAACCCACCGAGCCGGAGUGGGCCGGCCCGGGAGCACAGAACCCUGGGAAGAGAGGAGAGCACAUCAACGGAACCAGUCGUGAGUCCCCUGUGGACUGCAGUGUGACCAAACGCUCCCGACACAUGAGCAGCAACGAUGGGGGUCAGCUGGCCUACCAGGCCUCAUACCCUGAGCCCCGCACCAGCCCCCAGACCACCACCCCGCCCAACAGCGCCACAGAGGAGAAGAGAGUCAUAGUGCCCGCAGACCCUGAGGUGUGGACCCAGGACCAUGUGCGCCAGUGGCUGGACUGGGCCAUCAAGGAGUACAGCCUGGAGGAGGUGGACAUCAUGCACUUCCACACACUGGAGGGCAAGGCACUCUGCAAGAUGACCAAGGAGGAUAUGAUGCGCCUCACGUCCGCCUACAACACAGACAUCCUGCUCGGCCACCUCAAUUACCUCCGGCAGAGCAGCCCUACUUUCUCCUACCCCACAACUCCAACCAACAACACACAGCAACAACCCAGACUACAGGUUAAAUCAGAGAUGAAGACACGGAUGUCUCAUGAGAACAGUUAUGAGGAGAUAGGCAGAAGGAACAGCUGGCCAUCGAACCCCAUGCCACCUCCAGUACCCAAAGGUUCUCCCAUGGAGCACCAACACAGCACCAGAGUCACAGAGCCUCCACCGAGAAGUGUGCAAGACCCAUACCAAGCAUUAGGUCCCAUCAGCAGUCGUCUAGCCAACCCAGAAGGGCAGGCCCUCCACUCCAAGAACCGAACAAGCAAACACAGUUCAUACAGGCUGCCUGACCCCAGCGCUCACAGGCCUGUGGGCUCUGGACAGAUCCAGCUGUGGCAGUUCCUGCUGGAGCUGCUGUCGGACAGCAACAACUCCAGCAUCAUCACCUGGGAGGGCACCAACGGCGAGUUCAAGAUGACCGACCCGGACGAGGUGGCCAAGCGUUGGGGCGAGCGCAAGAGCAAACCCAACAUGAACUAUGACAAGCUGAGCCGCGCCCUGCGCUACUAUUACGACAAGAACAUCAUGACCAAGGUGCACGGCAAGCGCUACGCCUACAAGUUUGACUUCCAGGGCAUCUCACAGGCCCACCAGGGUCACGGCGGAGAGGGGGGCAUCGUUAAGUAUCAGACUGAGGUAUCGUAUGCCCAGCCCUACCACAGCCACCAGCCAAAAAUGAACUUCAUGAACACGCAUGCUGCCCCUAUGCCCGUGUCCCCUGGGAAUUUUUUCGGGCCGCCUACAACUUACUGGAACUCAACAACCAGCCCAAUGUAUCCGGGGUCUCCCAUGCCAAGGCACCCGGGGACUCACUCCCACCUGAGCUCAUACUAUUGAGGCCUGGGUGUCUUGCACUAGACUGGAUGGGCUGGCAGAGCUUUCUGAAACAGACAUAUCCAAGAUACCAUCCACAAUGUAUCUGGUCUUUAAUAUCUAAAUUACAUUGUAACGCUAUGCAAGUUUUUUAAUUUCUCAAUUAUGGAGGUUGAGAAUGUUCAUUUCCUGUGAUUCAGUUCUUUGAAAAACCAAGUUUUUCAAUUAUGUAAGUAUUUUGUUUAAUAUGUAAUUGAGGUCAUUGAAGGAUUUAAAGGGAAAGUCACUGAGUGUGGGAAGUGGUAAAACUGUUGAGGUCUUUAUCUCAAUUACUAUAUUCAUUAAAUCUAACAUUUGUAAAAGUAUAAUUGUACAGAAUGUUUCAUACAAUUGUAGCAAUAAAACAUUUACCCCUGUAGUAAUGCUAAUAAAAGGAACUUGUAUAUUUGA